UGAGGAGCCAGGAGCAGAGCUAAGCUUGUGUGUCGACCAGGCAGUUUAUCAGCUGCCUCUCGCCUUCAUCAACUGCUCCUGUGAUCUCUGACCUCCUUAGUAAAUUCCACAAGGAUCUAUUUGUUUUUGUUUUUUUUAAUGUUUUUUUUAGGAAGCUUGUUGGAGCUGGGAGUUGUACAGAAGCUGUCACUGUAGCAUGUGUUGCUCCUGACAACUCUGUUUCUUUGGCACAUGUUUUAGGUUGUAGGGUGGAGGAAUCAGAAUUAGCUGUGUCCUUUAUUGCAGCUCCUGUCUCUGCAAAGACCCCCCAAAAAUCCUGCUUUUAUUUAUUUAUUAUUUAUUUUUUUAUUUACCUCCACCACUGUCUGAAGGCAAGAUCAAGGCUACAUCUGGAAUCUGGUUGGAAUGAACUGCAGAAUGUUUUUGCCAUGAAGCCAAGGGAUGUGCUUUGGGAUAUGAUGUUCCAUGGGUUUUUGCCCUUCUAUGGUGCUCUGCAGAUCUACUCUUUAAAAGACUUCCAGACACAGCUUUCCAGGAAGGGCUGCUAACUUUUCAUUUCUCAUACUAAGAGGAGGCACAAGAUUCCAAGAUGCCAGUGAGGAGGGGGCAUGUUGCCCCUCAGAAUACCUACCUGGACACAAUUAUCAGGAAGUUUGAAGGUCAAAGUCGCAAGUUCCUGAUUGCAAAUGCUCAGAUGGACAAUUGUGCCAUAAUCUAUUGCAAUGAUGGCUUCUGCGACAUGUUCGGGUACUCCAGAGUCGAAGUUAUGCAAAGAUCAUGCACCUGUGACUUCCUCACCGGGCCGGAAACCACGCACAGCAGCAUCACCCAACUUACACAGGCCCUGCUAGGGGCCGAUGAACGGAAACUGGAGAUCCUGUACUACAGGAAGGAGGGGUCCUGUCUGCGCUGUUUGGUAGAUGUGGUUCCAGUAAAGAACGAAGAAGGAGAAGUCAUCAUGUUUAUCCUUAACUUUGAGGAUCUGGCACUGCUUUUGGCAAGAAAGGCCAACAAGACGUUACACCAGAGGUUGACACGAGCUGCCUUCAAUUCCGAGUCCGACCUCAUGCGAUAUCGAACCAUUAGUCAGAUCCCACAAUUCACGCUGAACUUUGUGGAGUUUAACUUAGAGAAACAUCGCUCGGCCUCCACCACCGAGAUUGAAAUUGUGGCCCCAAGCAACGCCUUUGAGAGAACUCAGAAUGUCACAGAAAAAGUGACGCAGGUCCUUUCCCUUGGGGCAGACGUUUUGCCAGAAUACAAGCUGCAGGCCCCGCGGAUUCACCGAUGGACCAUCCUCCAUUACAGCCCAUUCAAAGCAGUGUGGGACUGGCUGAUCCUGUUGCUGGUCAUCUACACAGCUGUCUUUACCCCAUAUUCAGCUGCUUUCCUACUGAACGAUCAGGAGGAGGAAAGGAACUGGGAAUGUGGAUACUCUUGCAACCCCCUCAACAUCGUGGACCUGAUUGUGGACAUUAUGUUCAUUGUAGACAUAAUCAUUAACUUCCGUACCACCUAUGUCAAUACCAAUGAUGAGGUGGUCAGCCAUCCCGGCAAGAUAGCUAUCCACUACUUCAAGGGCUGGUUCCUUAUAGAUAUGGUGGCAGCUAUACCCUUUGACCUUCUUAUUUACCGGACAGGAUCAGAUGAGACUACCACUUUGAUCGGACUUCUGAAGACAGCAAGAUUGCUCCGUUUAGUUCGUGUGGCAAGAAAACUAGACCGGUACUCGGAGUAUGGAGCAGCUGUUUUGUUCCUUCUCAUGUGCACCUUUGCACUCAUCGCUCAUUGGCUGGCAUGCAUCUGGUACGCCAUUGGCAAUGUGGAACGUCCGUACAUGGAACACAAGAUUGGCUGGUUGGACAAUCUAGCCAAUCAGAUUGGAAAGAGCUACAAUGACACUGACCAGACCUCCGGGCCUUCUAUCAAAGACAAGUAUGUGACUGCUCUUUACUUCACCUUUAGCAGCCUGACCAGCGUAGGCUUCGGGAAUGUCUCACCUAACACCAAUUCAGAAAAGAUCUUCUCUAUCUGCGUUAUGUUGAUUGGAUCUCUCAUGUAUGCCAGCAUUUUUGGGAAUGUCUCAGCUAUAAUACAGAGACUGUACUCGGGUACUGCUCGUUAUCAUACCCAAAUGCUGCGUGUCAAGGAGUUUAUCCGCUUCCAUCAGAUUCCCAACCCCCUACGGCAGCGACUUGAAGAGUAUUUUCAGCAUGCUUGGUCCUACACAAAUGGUAUCGAUAUGAAUGCUGCUAUAAUGCAUCCCGAUGCUGGAUCUCAAGCCAAGAUGAUGGCCAGGGCACAGAGCUUCCUCCCUGCUCCACGUGACUCAGCGGGUAGAAUGACACUGGCACAUCAGGUUCUCAAAGGAUUUCCAGAGUGCCUCCAAGCAGACAUCUGCCUACACCUCAACCGCACACUGCUCCAAAAUUGCAAAGCCUUCCGUGGUGCUACAAAGGGGUGCCUAAGGGCACUAGCCAUGAAAUUUAAGACCACACAUGCACCUCCAGGGGAUACGUUGGUUCACUAUGGAGAUGUGCUGACCACCCUCUACUUCAUCUCUCGUGGCUCUAUAGAAAUUCUCAGGGAAGACAUAGUGGUAGCAAUUCUCGGUAAAAAUGACAUAUUUGGGGAGCCAAUAAGUCUAUAUGCACGGCCUGGGAAAUCGAAUGCAGAUGUGAGGGCACUGACGUACUGUGACCUUCACAAGAUUCAGAGGGAAGAUCUUCUUGAGGUUCUGGACAUGUACCCAACGUUCUCAGACUGCUUUUGGAGCAACUUGGAGAUUACCUUCAACCUUAGAGAUGCAGAUAGUAUCCCCAGAUCGCCCACCAGUGAGGAUUAUAACUGCAGUUACCGUAGGACGAGGAGAUGCAAACAAACAGGCCGACGACGAAAGAAGCAUGAUGGUGUUGAUGAUAUAAAUUCUGAUGCCGAGCAGUAUCAUACAUACUCAGAACUCACCAACCUGCAGCGGCCUCUGAGCCGUGAGCAGUGGGACGAGAUGGCCAGCAGCACCACUCCCUGCUCCCAGACAAGCGAUGAUGAGACCAAACCACUCAACUCAGGACGCCUGGACAGACUGCCACCUACGGACAAGCAGGAAUUCAUCCCCGCUGUGGUAAAUUUGGUCACAGCCAAUAUUAGCACCCGGGAUGGAGGAAGGAACGUGCUGGAGACUGUGGAGACUUAUUCUGCCUCUCCCAUUGAGGUUCCAAACUUGUUCAGUUUCUGGGGAGAACAUCAUGCAGCGGCUUGCCCUGAACCUCCGCAGCACAUCUCCCUCGUGCACAACCCGAUGGAUCCACCACUCACUCCGGAUGACAGACCAGUAGAGGUGGAAUCACGUCUGGAGCUUCUCCAGGUUCAGCUAGACAGACUGGAGACGAGAAUGUCCACCGACAUCAACAUAAUCCUGCAACUGCUUCAAAGGCAGGUCUCCCAAAUCCCACCUGCGUACAGCCCUAUCUCCCCCAGCUCACACACUUUGGGACUCUAUCACACGGCAUCCAAGAGCCUGGAGCCUCUACAGAGCAGUCCAUCCCUACCUACAGACUCACCGAUAUCUCCGCUCCAGAGCCCUGGUCUGACUGACUAUUAUGACUUAGAGCCACUGAACCUUAAAUCUAGUGUUCUGCACCUCAACUCAGGAUCCCAAGACCUAGUGAACCGCAUCCAAGUAAACAGACUUCCUCAAGUCCAUGUUCGCCCACCUUCUGAAACCCAAGCAAUCCUCGGAGGCUUUCGUUUUCCAUCCCUUCCUGAGCACUUGGAAUCCCCUUCUCCUCCGGACCUAGAAUUUCAAAGACACCUUUCAGACCCAGGGCUACCAGGAAGUUAGGGCCCCAUGAAAAACACAGCUUGAGGAGCAUUCUCUUUCCCGAUUUUGAGGUGGGGGGAUGGGUGUCUUAGCAUGAGAUCCCCCCUCAUAUUGUCUAUGCAUAGAAUAGUUUUCUUGUUGGGGACCGGUUCUCUUCUGAAAGAAACGAGAUGAUGCAACAUAACAUCCUAUCUUCCAAAAUGGCCGGUUCUAUGUUUGCAUUAUUCACGGGAAAGUCUCGGAAACACACAUGCGCUUCAUUACAAUACUUUGUGUCCUUGCAGGACUUUCCCCUACAGGACAAGACUCGUCUCUGUUUUAUUCUAAGGAUUGUAUGUUGGAAGCAUCUGUUGGAAGCAGCUGAAACCUUUAAGAGCCUAAGAUGAUAAUCUAGAUUAGUUCUUCUACUGGUGGACACAGUGCAUGAAAUCAGAACAAUGGGGAUGAUUAAUACAAUUCUAGUAAGCUUGACAGACUACCGAUACAGGCUGCAGCCUACCAAAGCUUCCAUCCGGACACACUAAGAUACUGUGUGCAACAUAACCUGUGCUACUGAAGUUGGUUAAUGGAGUAAAAGGGAGAAAUUAUGGAAUCAAGCUGAUAAAGUCAUUAAUAAAUAAACUCAAUAUGAGUCUCUGAGACUUAUGUAAAGCUAUACUCCAAAAAUACAUAACACUUAGAAGCACAACCGAAGAAUAAAAAAAUAUAUAUAUUUAUGGAGUAAGUGAAAUAAUAGUAAUGUUACUAAAAAUUACAUUAAUAAAAUGAAAAUUAUGUAGAUAAUACAAAUAAAUUGAGACCUGAUUAUAAAUUUUUUAUCCAGAAUGCCACCUGUGCUUUCUUUGGCACACUAUGCAAAUGACUAACUGUGUUAGGGAGGAGCUAUUUAUAUUACAGGACAGGUUUCUGCAAGGACCAAUAGGAUAAGGUUAGCUCAAUAUAACUGAGAACGAUCAUGGAUGUACGCACUCCAGUUUCGCCACAGAAAAACAGUAAUAUUAUUAUCAAAUUGUCUAUCAGAGAGCCCAGAAGCAAUAGGCCUUGCAAGGUUAAAACAUUACCAACCACUGUGGGUACCUUACUAAAGCAACAUUUAUUAUCAGAAAGUGCUGGACAAUCAGAGGAAUUCAAUACUAAAGUACUAGUAUGUUUACGUAUUAUGUUAGAGGGGAAAAAAAAAUAUGUGAUAAAGAUGUAAUUAAAUUUAGUGUUCUUGCAAUCAAAUAAUAUUUAAAGCAAGUUUAUUGUCAAUAUGCAUUUUUUUUUUCUAAAAUGUAUCCACAGCGAAUAGACUGUCAUGUUAAAUGCAUUUUGAUAUUUUAAUUAUUGUACCUGGACCCAUAGAUGCUUUAAAAGGGCACUGUCACUUUGCCGUUUUUUUUUUAUUCAGUAUUUUUUAUAUUUUCGCUCUAUUUCCUCUUGUCUUAAUAUUUUUAAAUUCAUCACAGUAAUAGGGACUCGAUUUUCUUGCAGAAAGUGAAAUUUGUCAGUCUUUGGAAAUGGGUGGAGCUUAAGCAAAGAUCUGUUACAGUUGCCAAUGCAAUUUACCCACAAACCUUCAGCAAAAGCAAUUCCAUACAAGGGUAAACUGCAGACGUGAACAUAGAUGAACAACAUGGCGGCUCCCGGAUAUAAGGAUUUAACUCAAGGAAAAAUAUAAUAAAUAUAAAUAAAGGCAAGAGGCAAAGGGGAAGAAUAAUGAUUAAGAUACAAGGGACGGAAGGGAAGGAAAACUGGAAAAUGACAGUGCCGCUUUAAUGGAUAUAAUAUAUGAUUCUAAAUAUAUAUAUAUUUGUGAUAAAUGAUUUUUUAUAGAGAUGAAGAUAAUUCUGCUUUCCUUUUAUCUUCAUCAAAUUCUGGAGAAAUGGGAAAUGACUUAAGAAUGCUCCCCUUGUGUCACUAAGCACAUAUUACAAAAGUAGCCCACUCAAGCACAAAAAAAAAAGAGAUACUAUGAAGUGUGUCAGUUAUAAACAUGUCCGUGCACUAUUUACUGAAUCUGGUCGGGGAUAUAUUCAAAGCUAGGUGUAGUUAAUUCCUUUUUUCUAAUUACAACAAAACAAGUAAAAACAUAGAAAUAAAGCAUCGAAUGUGUGCGAUGUGCAAUUGUAAUAAGAUUUAAUAGGAUUUCUAUCAAUACAGCUUAAUGGACCAGUACUGCAAGUAGUAUCUCAGUAAUACAGAGCAUGCUAGGUUAUGGUCAUAUCCCUGCAUGCACAGAUCUUGAUUCCUGAAUAGGUAUAUUGGUAGGGAUGAGAUACGGCAGAAAAAAGGAUGUAAUCAGAGGGGGCCUCAUAGUCAUGCUAUGAAUAGGGGGCCUUUGACAGUGGUACACCACUGACUUCAAGGGAAAGCGUCACAUCCCAGGAUUUUUCAUAUUAUGGUUACUUAUAUUUAACAAAUGUGUUUGUGAGAUCUGAAUAAUAAAUGUAAAUGUAUAAAUCCACAUUGCUGUAUUUAGCUGUAUCCUGGUACCGUGUGCUUCCAUCAGGGGUCCCCGUCAGUCAUCGUUAUACGUUUUGCACCUGCUAGUCAGCAUAGAGAGAGUAGGAUAGCCAGAAACAUUGUUUCUUUCUUUGCUUCCAAUGCGAUAUGUGCCUUGGCUGUGCCAGGACUGAGCUGGAUUGUGAUGUCAUAUGCUGAAUCGUUACGGAGCAUUUAAUAAAACGGAGCAUCACAAAAAAAGUGGUUUUACAUAUUUUACUUGGUAGAGUAAGUUCAGGAAAAAUGAUGAUUCCACUUUAAGAUUUGGAAUGUCCAAACAUUUGAUAUUGAAGGAUAUGUUUAUGAGCAGGUAAUAAGAUAACAGAAGAUGAUUUAAAGCCUCCAAUCAUAUCUGAGUUAUUUAUCUGAUUAUUUACAAGGAGCUUACAAGUAACCUGGCUGGAUGUUACAUGUUUGUAUACUCUUGCUCUCUCCUGCUCCCCUCCUCCGGAAAUUUAACACAGUAUAUUACAAUGAAAUAAAAACCUAAAAAGAGCAAUGUCAGGUCACAGCCAUGAUCAAUAAUAUAAACUCUUAACGAAGUAAAGUAUGGGUUGAAUUUCUUUUUUUCCCUGCAAUCUCACGGGAACAUGGUUGGCUGGCCACCCAGACCUGUCCCACCAUGUUGUCCUCUCUUUUUCCUUUGGCACCAGAGGCCACCACACUGAUACUUCAGGGUAAGGUCUUUCCAUUUACAUACAGGACUGGCAGGUAUUAUCCCCUCUGCCAGCACCUUCUAGGCAGAUAUUGCCUCCUCUGUCCGCUUCUUUUUCCAAGCAGUAUCAUCCUAUCAGCAUAUCCCUUCUUCAAGGAACGUAUCAUACCUUUAGCCUGCUCCUAACACCAUCCUGAUAAAGACUUGCAUAGCUUCUUAAUCAAUAUUAAUAGAUAUAAAUAGUUAUCUGCCAACAGGUCUUCAGACUCUGCAGCAUGUCCCCAUCGCCUCUGAGAACAACAGUCUACAAAAAACAGGCCCUUAACGCUGCCACUGGAAUUCCUGAAAUGACCAGGCUUAAAGGCACACUGUAGUCACUAUAUCCAUUUCAUCUCUUUGCAUUGGUUAUGGUGCCGGGAGUCUUCUGGCACUGUCUCUCCAUUCAGUGUUAAACCAUUUUAGAGCAGUUUAACACUAAAUAAGGGUCCCUGGCCAAAUACAGUCCGGCCCCUUCUUGAGGUGCGACUAAGGCAAAGAUAACACACUUCCUUGUAGUCAUGCCCUUCAUACCAUAGGUUGGAGCUCUGAUAGGCUAAAAGAAGUCAGCUGACACUCUCAGCCAAUCACAAGAGCCCAUUGCUGCACAGGCUAAUAUUUCAUCAUUAAUCAACACAGCACAGAAGCUGCUAUGUAUUCUAAUUUAUCAUUAAAAUAUAAAAACAUUAAAAACUGUUCAAUGAUGAAUGAAAUGACAGAACCGGGAGACUCCAGACACAACAUAACCAGUUACUGGGUAAAUGAAAUGAAGCAGAGACCAUGGCUACAGCGUCCCUUUAAAAUAUUGCUCUAAAAGGUCUAGCCUGUCACUUUCUGGUACACAAACACCGUGCAAUUUUGCUUGUAGGGAUGUCUGCAAAUAGCUCUCCAUCUGUGAAUGGACUUAUUUCCCCAAUAUAGAAUUCUGGGACUUGUUGUACUGUAAGGUCAUGGUUAGGCAUCCCUGGAGUAUAAUAUGGGGAUCAAUAUCCCCUAUACACUGAUAUAAACAUCAAAAGGAAUAUUUUGUUAAUUUG